AUGCUGGACAUGAGUGAGUCCCGCGCCCAGCCGCCCUGCAGCCCGUCCGGCACCGCCAGCUCCAUGUCGCACGUGGAGGACUCGGACUCGGAUGCGCCUCCGUCUCCCGCGGGCUCCGAGGGCCUUGGCCGCGCGGCGGGCACGGGGAGCGGCGGCCGGGGCGAUGCAGCCGAGGCAGCGGACGAGCGCUUCCCGGCCUGCAUCCGCGACGCGGUGUCGCAGGUGCUCAAGGGCUACGACUGGAGCCUGGUACCCAUGCCCGUGCGUGGUGGCAACGGUGGAGCGCUGAAGGCCAAGCCGCACGUGAAGCGGCCCAUGAACGCCUUCAUGGUGUGGGCGCAGGCGGCGCGCCGCAAGCUGGCGGACCAGUACCCGCACCUGCACAAUGCCGAACUUAGCAAGACGCUGGGCAAGCUGUGGCGCUUGCUGACCGAAAGCGAGAAGCGUCCCUUUGUGGAGGAGGCUGAGCGGCUCCGGGUCCAGCACAAGAAGGACCACCCGGACUACAAGUACCAGCCACGGCGGAGGAAGAGCAUGAAGACGGGCCAGAGCGACUCUGACUCGGGGGCCGAGCUGGGCCACCACCCUGGUAGCACCAUGUACAAGGCUGAYGCGGGCCUCCAUGGUGAUACACACCACCAUGGUGACCACACAGGCCAGACCCACGGGCCGCCCACCCCGCCCACCACUCCCAAGACAGACCUACACCACCCUGCUGGCGGGGGCAAGCAGGAGCUGAAGCCAGAAGGGCGCCGCCUGGUGGACAGCGGCCGCCAGAACAUCGACUUCAGCAACGUGGACAUCUCGGAGCUUAGCAGCGAGGUCAUCAGCAAUAUGGACACCUUUGACGUCCAUGAGUUCGACCAGUACCUGCCCCUCAAUGGCCACUCGGCCCUGCCUGCAGAGCCCAGCCAGGCUGCUGCUGCUGGCUCCUAUGGGGGUACUUCCUACUCCCACUCUGGGGCUAGUGUUGGGGUGUCCCCUGUGUGGGCUCACAAGGGAGCCCCAUCAGCCUCAGCGUCACCCACUGAGGCUGGACCCCCACGGCCGCACAUCAAGACGGAGCAGCUGAGUCCAGGCCACUAUGGUGACCAGCCACAUGGCUCCCCAGGUCGCUCCGACUACAGCUCCUACAGCGCCCAGGCCAGCGUCACCAGUGCUGCCCCCGCCACAGCUGCCAGCUCCUUUGCAAGCGCGCAGUGUGACUACACCGACCUGCAGGCCUCCAACUACUACAGCCCCUAUGCCGGCUACGCACCCAGCCUCUACCAGUACCCCUACUUCCACUCCUCCCGCCGGCCCUAUGCCUCGCCGCUGCUCAAUGGGCUCUCUGUGCCACCGGCCCACAGCCCCAGUGGCAACUGGGACCAGCCUGUGUACACCACCUUGACCAGGCCCUGAGGAUGCUCAUCAUGGGGACUUGGCCGGGCCUCCGAUGGCCAAGUCCCUUGUUCCCCUGAAAGGCCUGUGCCAGCCAGCCAGCAGCAGGCAACGUGACCACAAUCAGGUGCCUGUGGGGUCUGCGUGCAGGAAGCCAGGCGCUGUCACAGGACGUCCCUUUGCCUCCACACUUCUGCCGACAAACAUGGCUUUUUCCCUUCUCGCUCUGAGCACGGAUAGCCAUUUGUCCAGUGCCCCUUCUGUGAGGACCCGUGGACAGAGGACCUGGCUGGGCACCUUGAUGGAUGGAAUCAGCAGCCAUGGAACC